AUGGUUCACCUAGCCCAAGUGACGAGUGAUCCUAAUAAAGGCCACCGUAGUGAAUUCGGACCUCCCAAACGUCGGGCUUCGGUGGUUCCUGGCCUCGAGCACAUCUCUCUCGAACCUCCCGGGGAAGAUGAGUUCUCCACUUCUGUUUACGGUUCCCGCUUUGCUGCGGAGGAUCUCCCCUCCCACGAGAUCCCUGAGAAGGAGAUGCCAAAAGAGAUCGCAUAUCGUAUGAUCAAAGACGAGCUUAGUCUUGACGGCAACCCUAUGUUGAACUUGGCCAGCUUUGUCACCACUUUCAUGGAAGAUGAAGCCGAGAAGCUCAUGACCGAUGCGUUUUCCAAAAAUUUCAUUGACUACGAGGAAUACCCCCAGUCGGCCGAGAUUCAGAACCGGUGCGUCAACAUGAUUGCACGUCUCUUCAACGCCCCGGAGACUGAAGGCGGGAAAAACGCAAUGGGAACCUCCACAAUCGGGUCAAGCGAGGCCAUUAUGCUGGCUGUCCUUGCCAUGAAGAAGAGGUGGGCAAACAAGCGUAAAGCCGAAGGGAAGGAUUUCUCAAGACCCAACCUGGUCAUGAACAGCGCUGUCCAGGUGUGCUGGGAAAAGGCGGCUCGGUACUUUGAUGUUGAGGAGAAAUAUGUGUACUGUACCGAGGACCGCUAUGUCAUUGACCCAGAGGAGGCUGUCAACCUGAUCGAUGAGAAUACGAUCGGCAUUUGUACGAUUCUCGGGUUGACCUAUACUGGCGAGUACGAGGAUACCCAGAUGAUCAACGACCUGCUCGUGGAGAGAGACAUUGACUGCCCGAUUCACGUGGAUGCAGCAUCCGGCGGCUUUGUCGCUCCAUUCGUCAAUCCCAACCUGGUCUGGGACUUCCGCCUGGAGAAAGUUGUCAGCAUCAAUGUCUCCGGUCACAAAUAUGGUUUGGUCUACCCUGGUGUCGGCUGGGUUGUCUGGAGAUCACCCGAGUACUUGCCCAAAGAACUCGUCUUCAACAUCAACUAUCUCGGCGCCGACCAGGCCUCUUUUACCUUGAACUUCAGCAAAGGAGCUAGCCACGUCAUUGGCCAGUACUAUCAAAUGAUCCGACUUGGCAAGAGAGGUUAUCGUAGUAUCAUGCUCAAUCUCACACGCACGUCGGACUAUUUGGCUGCUCAGCUCAGAGCCCUAGGGUUCAUCAUCAUGUCGCCCGGUGGCGGCCGAUCUCUUCCUGUGGUUGCAUUCCGUCUCGACCCGGACAACGAGCAGAUGUUUGACGAAUUUGCCAUUGCCCACCAGCUUCGAGAACGUGGAUGGAUCAUCCCUGCCUACACAAUGGCCCCUCACAGCGAGACCCUCAAAUUGAUGCGUGUUGUGGUCCGCGAAGACUUCAGCAAGCAGCGCUGCGAUGCCCUGGUCAGCGAUAUCAAGAUGGCACUGCAAGUGCUUGGAGAGAUGGACAAGAAGACCAUGGAGCGUUAUCAAGAACACGUGAAGAAGCAUCACACCAAGACUGGAAGAAACGGUCGUAACGUCGCGGCAUACAAAGACGAGAAGCAUUCUCUGCAGGGCAAGCAUGGGAAGACGCAUGCUAUCUGCUAG